GUCGUUUGCGUAGGAAGCAAGACACGCGACGGAUCUCGAGUGUUGAGAUGGGUGAAUUCUAGAUGAUAGUGCCUUCGAAUAGUGCGCCCUAAGCUCUGCCUGCUCUGCGCGAUUUAUUUAUGUGUCAUAAAAUUAAACGGCAAUUAUGCGAUAAGCCGCCACUACUAAUAAAUAAGUAAAUGCGAAUUGCUGUAUGCCGUUUCCGAGUUUGCCUGCAACGCAAGAUCGAACGUUUCGGGCUUCGUUUUCGUUUUAGUUUUUCUUUCAUUUCUUACACUACACUUCACGUCGAGGAUACGAAAAUAGCUGGCGCAGAAAAAUGUUUGCUUGUCGCUGAGCAGGAAAGUGGCAAAUGUGUCUGAAACAAAAAUAAAAUUAAAUAGCGCAAAAAUGUUGAAGUAGCAAAGUUACAAAAAGUCUGCAGGAAAAUAGAGCAAUAUAAAGUGAUCCGCAAGAGCAAAUGCGUAAAAAAGUGUACAAAAAAUAUACGAGCGGAAAUCGUAAAUGAUUUGAAAAAGAAAUAAUAUAAAAAGAAAAGAACAAUCAGUGCAGUGCAAAUAAUAAGAUUAUGAAUGAAAAUACCAUGAAAUAAGUGCGUGCUUCUCAACGGUCAGAAAAAUUAAAAUAAUAAAAGCAAGAGAUCCAAGUUCAAAGUCGAACGGGAUAAAAUGUGUCUUUAGUGCUCUUUGUGUGUACUCAGUUCGGUCAAUAUGCAAAUCGGAAAUUUUAUUAAAUGGCCAUUGGGCCUGGUCCUCAUCCUGUUGGCCAUCCACUGUCAGGCUAAAAGAAAUCGAAAACGAUUGCAGCAGGGAUUCUCGAGUGCCAAGGACCUUCAGGAAUUUAGUUUGCCGCUAAACGACACCUCCUUGGAGCUCCAGCAGAACAUCGUGUCCUGGACAGGAGCUCGCAUUGUGAGUGGCGAGAAAAAGAAGAAGUCAUCAUCCCAAUCAUCGAGGAGGCACAAAACCAAAAGUGGCCUGAUCAUUGAAAGUAACAUUGCCGACUCGGAAUCAAUGUUGGCUAAUGCCUCCGCGGAAUCCGUCACCAAGAAGAAGCCGCCUCAGCGUCGUCGCAACGGAAGAUUGCAGAAAUCUGGAGGUGGAGGAGCCCUUCGAUUGCUUAAAACGGACGACUUGUACUCAUCCGGUGGAUCCGGAGGCCUCUAUCCACCGCUUUUCAAUGUGGUACCCCGUGCACAGAUCUCGGUGAAUGCCACAUGUGGCCAGAACGGAGCUGAGGAGUACUGCAAACAGGUCGGGGCCAAGCCGUGUGGAAUCUGCAAUGCCCACUCCUCGGAUCGGGCCAAGCAGCGCUCCAUUCAGUCGCUGAUCUCGACGGGCUCCGGAUCUGACGAAGGCUGGUGGCAAUCACCGACGCUCCAGGGUGGCCGGCAGUUUGAGUACGUGACCAUCUUACUGGAUCUGAAGCAGACCUAUCAAGUCUUCUCCGUGUGGCUGAAAUCGGCCAACUCCCCGCGUCCAGCCUCUUGGAUUCUCGAAAAGUCGCUGGAUGGCAUCAACUUCGAGCCGUGGCAGUACUUUGGCCUGAGCGAUGCGGACUGCCAGCGAAGAUGGAACCUGGCCGGACAGAGUGGCAAAUACGUGUUCCACAACGACACCGAGAUCAUUUGCUCCACGCAGUUCUCCAAGCCAGGUCCGCUGGAGAACGGUGUGCUGCAUGCGUCGCUGUUGAAGAACCGCCCCGGAGCCACGGACCAGAGUGCGGAGCUGAUGGAGUUCAUCACGACCAGGUACAUAAGGAUUCGGCUGCAGGGCAUGCACUCGACGGCCAACUUGGACAACAGCUUGGACUGGCUGCUGGACUCGCCGUCGCUGGAGAAGCACAGCUUCUACUCGCUGUCGCAGUUGAAGGUGAGUGCCCGCCUGGACUGUCAUGGCCAUGCCAAUCGCUCCCAGGAGUGGUCAGGAGAUGCCCUGCUGCUGCAGUGCCUCUGCCAGCACAACACGUGCGGUGCUCAGUGCGAGCAGUGCUGUCCCCUGUUCCAGGAUCGUCCCUACAGCCAUGGCGGCGAGUGCGAGAUCUGCCAGUGCCAUGGUCAUGCCGAGAGCUGCUCCUACGAUGCCUUCCUGGACAAGGGCAUCUGCCAGAGCUGCUCGAAUCACACGGCUGGCAAUGAGUGUGAGUUCUGCGAGAUUGGGUAUUACAGGGAUCUGGAUGCUCCACUCAGCGAACCCUGCCUGCCCUGCUCCUGCAAUCCGGACCGCUCCACAGGCAGUUGCCAGGCGGAUGGAGGAAGCUGUGACUGCCGGGAGGGAUUCCAGGGUCGCCACUGUGAGGAGUGUGCUCCGGGAUUCUAUGGCGACAACUGCAAGCGUUGUGAGUGCGACGAAAGGGGAAGCCUUUCGGCCAGGGGAACCUGCUCGGGCACCUGCCAGUGUAAGCUUAAUGUGGAGGGCAGCACCUGCUCCGAGUGUGCGCCGGGCUAUUUCGACCUGCAGGAGGGGAACAGCGAAGGUUGCACCAGCUGCUGGUGCUCGGGUAUCUCCCAAACCUGCCACAGUGCGAAACUCCAGACGCUGGCCUUCGAAACCCUCAACGAUUGGAAGCUAACCGACAUACAGAGGGUGAAGCCAAUGGCGAUACCCGUCGAUGCGGAGGAGAAUCGGCUGAUCUUUGCCAACGAACUGGACGAAGUGGAGGCCAUCUACUGGCAGGCGCCCUUGGGCUACUUGGGCAACCGCCUGACCAGCUAUGGAGCCAGGCUGCAACUGCUCCUGUCCUGGGUGGUGAUGAGGGGCGACACCUCGGGCAAGCCCACCACUGGACCCAAUGUCAUCUUGUUCGGCAAAAACGGACUGAAGAUUGCCUUCGGCGAUGAGUCCCUGCAGGGAUUGGGGGUCAGCUUGAAUGUGACCCUCACAGAGGAGGGCUGGUACCAUGUGCCACCAACUGUUAAAGACAUUAAAACCAGACUGAGACGCACUGAGGGCGGUGAUUAUCAUGGAGAAGCGGUGACCCGGUCGCAAUUCCUCUCCGUCCUUGUCUCUCUCGAUGCUCUGCUCAUCCGGGCAGCCUUCCACACCGACCAGGUGGAAACCUCGCUGGAGCGGGCCGUCAUCUAUUCGGGCGGCGUGGAGUUGGGCGGCCAAUCCUCCAGCCAGGUGGAGCAAUGCCUCUGCCCAGCUGGCUACACGGGUCUCUCCUGCGAGGGCUGUGCCUUCGGCUACAAGCGCAUCUACGAGAACACCUCCGAUCACCAGGUCCUGAGCAAGUGCAUCCCUUGUCCCUGCAACGGGCACUCGAAUUCCUGCGAUCUGCAGAGCGGAAACUGCGGCGACUGCAUGCACAACACCUUUGGAGAUCGCUGCGAACGUUGCCAACUGGGCUACUAUGGGAAUCCGCUGCAGGGAACGCCCCACGACUGCAAGCGGUGCGCAUGUCCCUUGUCCGAGGACUCGAACAACUUCUCGCCCAGUUGCCAGCUAAAGAGCUACAACUACAUGGACCUCAAUCCGCAACUCGAGCUGAUCGAGCACGCCGAAUACAUCUGCACCCAGUGUCCGGAGGGCUAUACGGGCGACCACUGCCAGGUGUGCGACGACGGCUACUUCGGGGAUCCCCGCCAGCCGGGGAGCAGCUGCCAGCGCUGCGACUGCGCCGGCGGACCCUGCAACGUGACCACCGGCGAGUGCAUCACCUGCCGGGGCAACACCGAGGGCUGGCACUGCGAGCGCUGCAAGCUGGGCCACUGGGGUGACCCGGCCGUCGGCUGUGAUCCCUGCCACUGCCAUCCGGAGGGAUCGGAGAGCGGUCUCUGCGACAGCACCGACGGACAGUGCCUGUGCAAGCCACGCUACGCGGGUCAGAAGUGCGACGAAUGCGAUGUGGGAUUCGCCAACGUGGAGUUGCGAUGCCCCUCCUGCAACUGCGAUCCCCUGGGCUCCCUAAUCCCCGACAGGUGUGAUCCUCGCUCGGGGCAGUGCCAGUGCAAGGAGGGCGUAAUGGGAGCCAAGUGCCAUGAGUGCCAGGAUGGUUACUUUGGCAUGAACGCCAUGGUCAAUCGGUUGGACGAACUGCGUCCAGUCUCCGAUGACCCCGAUGACGAUGACGACUGGGAAUUAGUUCCAGAGCCAGAAGACGCCUCCACGGUGGCCUGCGAGGAAUGCCACUGCAGUAGCGUGGGAUCGCUGUCCUCGGACUGUGACAAGCGGACGGGCCAAUGUGCCUGCCUGGCCAAUGUGACGGGAAGGAGGUGCGACAAGUGCCGCUCGGGCCACUGGAACCUGACCCAAGGCGAGGGUUGUCGGGACUGUCGCUGCGAUCCGCACGGGUCGCGGGGUCACGAGUGCAACCCGUGGACGGGGCAGUGCGACUGUAAGAUAGGGGUCGGAGGUCAGCACUGCAACGAGUGCACCGAGGGCUUCUUCGGCUUCAGUAUCGAGGGCUGCCAGCGCUGCUCGGCCUGCAGAUCGGAGGGUCAGGUGUGCGAUCCGCACAAUGGCCGUUGCAUCUGCCCGAAGUUCACCCGUGGCCUGGCAUGUGGACAAUGUGUGCCGGGCACCUGGGGCUGGCAGGCUCGUCUGGGCUGCCGGGAAUGCCAGUGCGAUCACAUCGGCUCCAUUGGUCAGCAGUGUGCCAGCGGCGAUGGUCAGUGCCAGUGCCGAGAGGGCUAUGCGGGCAGGAACUGCGACACCUGUGCCAUUGGCUACUUUGGCUAUCCGGAGUGCCGGCGAUGUGGCUGCGAUCCGGAGGGUUCGUUCACCCAGUCGGAUGGCUCCAUUGCCUGCGACUCGAAUGGCCAGUGCCCGUGCAAAUCGCUGGUUGUGGGUCUCAAGUGUGACACCUGCAUGCAGAGCACCUUUGGACUGUCCGCCCAAAAUCCCGAGGGCUGCACCCGCUGCUUUUGCUUUGGUCGCUCCGGGGAGUGCGAGCAGAGCGACCUGUCCUGGGGCCACAUCCGCAUGUCGGAGGCCCGGAACCUCAGCGUCCAGCAGAUUAGACCCCAGAAUGUGCCCAGUGCGGACUACGAGUACAUUGUGGUGGUGCAGAUGGAGGGCAGCGGCUUCCAUCGCGAGGAUGCGGAGAUCCAGCGCAUGAACGAUCUGAGUCUGGUGCCCAAGUCCACCGGAAAUGUGUCUAUCGGGGCAUACGGACAGUUCUACCAUCCGCUCUACUUCCAACUGCCACCGCAGUUCUACGGCGAUCGGACCAGCAGCUAUGGUGGCUUCCUCUACUUCACUCUCAUCACCGAGGGUGCCCACAAGCCACUGGAGCGCAAUGUCUUGGGUCAGUAUCCCCUGGUGCAGCUGCAUGCCCACUCCAAGCUGCUGCUGGACUUCUACGAGUACGAGGAGUUCGAGUACUCCCUCAACGUGACCCAUCGCGUGCCGCUGCAUGAGUCCUUCUGGAAGUACCAUCACACCAGCCAGGCCGUGGACCGGAAUACCCUGAUGGCCGCCCUCCAGAACAUUCGACACAUAUUCAUACGGGCAUUCGCCUUUGCCGAUUUCCAGGAAGUUGUCCUUCAGAAUGUGCACAUGGAUGCGGCAAUCUAUAUCAAGGGUUCGACCAAUCUCAUAGCCAAGGGUGUUGAGCGUUGUAGGUGUCCCAAGCGCUUCGAUGGCCUGUCCUGUCAGGAUCCUGGAAGAUCCUUCUACCGUUGGCGAAACACCACCGUUGUGGAGAGUGUGUUCAUCGAGGAUCUGAUUGGGAGAUCAGCUCCCUGUCAUUGCAAUGGCCGCAGCAACGAUUGCGACCGGGAAACUGGAGUCUGUCAGAACUGUCGUGGUAACAGCGGCGGCGAUCACUGCCAUCAAUGUGCUGAGGGCUUCUACGGGGAUCCCAACUCGGCACAUGGCUGCCAGGCUUGUCCGUGUCCGGAAACGAAUAGGAACUUUGCCCGCGGUUGCAAUGUUUGGGACGGAGAAGUCAGUUGUGUCUGCAAGCAGGGUUACACGGGUCGUCUGUGUGAACGGUGCCAGCCGGGAUAUUUUGGAGAUCCCAUGAGGUAUCCCAACAGCACUUGCCAGCCAUGCAACUGCCAUCCGGAUGGAAUUCGGACACAGGGUUGUGAUGUGGAAACGGGCAGAUGCUUCUGUCGAGAGGGAGUCACUGGGCUGAAGUGCGACAAGUGCCAGGCGGAACGACAUCAUCUAGUGGAUAACGGAUGCAGAAUUUGCGACAACUGCACCCUGCUGCUCCUGGACUAUGUGGAAUUGGUGGGUCACAAGCUGCGUCGCGGAAUGCACAACAUGGAUUUGACUGGUAUUCCGGCACCGUACCGCAAAUUGUCAGAGUACGAAGGUGCCUAUGAUGUGUGGAAUAGACGUCACUGGGACUUUCGCCAGACCAAGCGUCGCCUUGAGAAUUACGACUCGGCUGAUAUCCUAAAGCUCGAGGCGCAUGCCGAAAAUCUUAAAUUCCAGACUCGCAAAGCAGUGAGCACCAUAGGCAAACGUGAGUUUGCCUUGAAAUCGAUGAGGGAAGAUGCGUUGGUCCAACAGCAUGGUGUGGGCUUGGUCCGAGGCGAGAUCCUGCAAACCCUCUCGGAUUUGCGGGGCUAUGGCAAGAGUGCCCAUCAUUUGAGCCUGCCCACGGCACUGAAACAGGCCCGUUUCUACCUGCAGGCCAUUCGGGAGCACGACCAGUUGGUCCAGGGCAUCCGCAGCACUAACGACUGCGCCUGGCGGCACUUCUACGCCAUGGGCAAUGCCUCGGAUGCGGCCUUCGACGAGAGUGGUCGCCUGGAGAUGCUCUGGCGUGAUCUGAACCAGACGAAUCACCGGGUGGUGGACAUGCGACUCCAGGUGGAUCGCAUCGAGGAGGUGGAGAGCGAAGCAGAGGAUGUCCUGGAGCAUGUGCGCAACUUAAGUGCCUAUGUGGGUGAAUCGCACCAAGAGCUGAAUGAUCUUAGCCAGCUGAUAUCCAACCACCUCGAUCCGGGCUAUCUGGAGCAGGGUGAGGGUCUGGUGAGGCUGACACUCCAGCGGCACAUAAUGCUCAAUGGACAACUCAACCAGUUGGAUGGCUCACGGGUGCUGCUCAAUACCACACUGGGGGUAAAGUCCGAGCAGCAGCGAGAGGUUCGCAAGCACUGGCUGCCCAAGGCGGAGAAGCAUGCCAAUCACCUGCUGGCCCGAUCCAACGAGUAUGCCCGCCAGUUCCAACCCACCCGGAAUGGUGCCCGGAUAGCCAUGCUGGCCAGUUCUGCCCAUAGCAACAUAACCAAGGCCAUCGACGAUGCCCGGCAAGCUUCGGUUCUGGCCAAGGAGCGGGUGUACGAGGCCCAGAGGACGCUCUAUCCCAGCGAUGGCAGCUCCAUGAUCAAUCGAGCCAAGCACUCGCUGAACAGGUCACGACAACUGCAGCAGGAAGCCCUCAAGCAGAUGCAUAAAUCCAAUGUCUUGAAGGACAAACUGCAUCGGCAGGAGCAACAGGUGGAGGGCAUCAAGGCAACGAUCUUUGAUUCCGGACUGCGUACGAACAACAUAUCCGGACAUCUGCAGGGUCUCGCGGAGGGAUCAGCCCGAAGGCAGGCCAAAGAAAGCCUAGAAAUGGCCGAGAGAACCGGGGAACAAAUGCGAGCUGAACUGCGUCUGGCCAAGGAGAUGCAGCAGUCCAUUCUUAACAUGCGCAACUCUUUCUCCAACCUGGAACCCGACUGGGAAAUCAAACUGGGCAUGGCCCAGGAGAACAUAUCGCUGACCCAGACCAACGUGCGACUGGCCAAUGUCUCCCUGAGCUACCUGGAGCAGCAGGCCGAGAAGGAUCAGCAGGUGUUCGAGGUGUGGAACAACAGCAUGGCAGAGCAGCUGCAGCAGCUCAGGGACCAGAUUGCCAAGGCCAGGCAUGCAGCAGAAGCGAUCGAUGUUUCCCUGGAGUCAUUGGGUCCUAAAUGCAGUCGUUCCUACUUGCCCGCUUCUUAUGGCUUGAGUACCUCGAACAAGCUCCGUAUGAGCUUUGCUUUGUCCAAUCAUCUGGAGAGUUCUCCCCUGAUCCACUUGGAGAGCAGUGAGGGACGUCAUAUUACCCUAGAGCUUCACAAGCGUCGGGUACGCCUGGUGUGGAAUCUUGGAGGCACCACGGCCACCGUUACACAUCCCAUGGUGGUGCAGACGCGGGAUCCCAAAUACGAUGAUGCCUGGUACCAUGUGGAGGCCAAUAGGACCCUCAAUCUGGGCAGUGUGAUGGUGCGUCGAAUGAACAACUAUGGUGAGCUAACACCGGCCAAUCCGGUGACCAUCACCGGAUCCACCGAUACGGAGCAUACUCGAUUCUAUCAGUCGCAAAACGAUCGGAUAUCGCUGGGUGGAUUCGCUUCGAAGGAUCUGCAGUUCACACCGGGACUCAAUGUGGUGGUGCACCAGGUGGAGGUGGACAACAAGCCGCUGGGCCUGUGGAACUUUGUGGCCAGCGAGGGCAGCUGCGGUGGAUCCAUGGUGGGAGCCAAGGAGUCCUCCGCCUCAUCCACUGCCCGCCACUUCAAUGGCUUGGGCUAUGCCCAGCUGAUGAAGACCCGACCACGACCCACUCGUAAGAAUCUGUUCUCUGUGCAGAUGACCUUCCGCACGCUGGACGAAAAUGCCUUGCUCUUCUUGGCGGUUGAUGACAAAAACAACCGCUCAGUGUCGGUGACUUUGAGCCGUGGACGGAUCAUGUUCCGCAUCGACUAUGGCGACGAGUCCAAGCUGGAGAUCAACACCACCAAGAAGUACAAUGUGGGCCAGUGGAUCAAGAUCGAGGCUGCACGGGAGUUCUCGGCCAAGCGAAGCACUGAAAACGGAAUGCUACGAGUGAACAACGAUCGACCAAUUUCCGGAGCACCCACUCUACCCGUCAACAUUCACUUGCUGCCCGAUCUCUCCAAGGCAGUCUACUAUUUGGGCGGUGUUCCACCAGGUUUCACUUCGGGCACGAGCAAAGCCCCUGGAGCUGAUAAUCCCUUCCUGGGCUGCAUGAAGGAUGUCCAGGUGAAUGGCGAGACCUACGAUCCCCUGGAGAGUUCCAGCUUCUAUGGCGUGGAGCCUUCUUGCAAGGACAUGAUUACCAAAGCUGGCUUCUCGGGCAAUGGUUAUUUGGAGCUGCCAUCGCAAUCGCUGCGAAAGCGCUCCAACACCGCCUUGGUGUUCCGCACCCUUCAGCCCGACUGCCUGCUGCUCCUGGCCGCCUAUCCACCCGAGAUCCUGGCCGACUACGAUGCCAAGGACAUCAAGGGCAACUUCUCGAUCAGCCUGGUGGAUGGCCAGCUGCAUGUGUGGGUCAACUCGGGCCGCAGCUUCAUCAAGAUGUCCUCGAACUCCAGUCAGUUCAACGACGGCGAGUUCCAUGUGGUGAAUCUGAUCAAGACGGGUCGUAAACUGGAGCUGAUGGUGGACGAUGAGCUGCAGGAGACUCGCGCCUUGGGCGGCAAUCCCACGGUGGUUAGUCUUCCCCGGGAUGCGGGUGGCCUGUACAUUGGCGGAGCACCUCCACACGAAAGCUACACACCCUUGGCGCCCACCUUUGUCAAUCUGGAGGGAGCCAUCCGCGAUGUGGUGUUCAACAACCGAACCAUGAACUUCAACGACGCUUUGACCUUCGCCAACGUGCAGAUAGGACGCAAUGGUCCUCUGAUGGGCAGUCUCAAGGGAGGACUAUACGAUGUCCUGCUCAAAACGGAACCCAUGAUUGGAAAGAGUUUCACGGCCUCGCCCGAAGGCUGCAAGCGGAUUGGCAGCUAUUCCUACGAGCCGAAUGCCUUUAAAUUCGGAGAUGAUAUCUAUAGCUAUUCGCAGUUGAAACUGCCGGAGCGUCACUUUUGGCAGCGCAACUUCCAUCUGAGCUUCGAUUUCCGCUCCUUCUAUCCGAAUGGCAUGCUGUACUUGUCCCCCGGAAGCAAGGAGAAGCCGAAGCACUAUGUGGCCCUCAUCCUGAAGGACGGACAACUGGUCCUGGUGGUCAGAGGUCGUCGGCGCGAGGAGCUCCAGCUGACAGCCAAGUUGAACGAUGGCGAAUGGCAUCGGGUGACAGUUAGCUGCCAGGAUCGCAAGGUCACCAUGUCCGUGGAGAUUGGUCGCACGGACCAGAAGACCUCCGCCCAAAUGAAGCUGCCCAAGAAGAUUGGGGCCGCACAGUUGCUCCUAGUUGGUGGUCUGCCCCAGUCACCGGUCAAGGUCUCCUCGGAUCUGUAUGUCCGUCUGGAGCCGUUCAAGGGCUGCCUCCGCCGUGUCAGCGUCAACAACAACACCCAGGAUCUGGCCCGACCAGGGAAACACUCCAACGUGGGUCAGUGCUUUCCCACUGUCGAAAGGGGCAGCUACUUCCCCGGCGAUGCCUAUGCCAUUUACAAGAAAAACUUUAAUGUGGGCAAGUACCUGGACUUGGAAACGGAAUUUAGAACUUCGGAACUUUCGGGAAUUCUGCUGAGUGUUUCAGAUCCAAAUGGAUUCCCAGCCCUUUCGUUGGAGCUGCAUAAUGGCAAUAUUAUAUUUUCCUGCGAUUUUGGCAACGGAGCGCCCCUACGCGUGGAAUCAUCACUGCCGACAAAAUAUGCCCUGUGCGACAAUAAAUGGCACAAUAUUUCAGCUCUCUACGAUGGAGAGCAAAUUGUGUUGCGAAUCGAUCAAUUACCAGCCGUAAUCAGUGUGGGAAAUCAGCGGAAUGCUGGAAAAAUGCAAACCCGGUCUCCACUUUAUAUUGGCGGUCUGCCAGAGACUGCUCCCAGUGGGUCACUGAUGUCGCGGGAGAACUUCAAGGGCUGCAUCCGGCACGUGUCCAUCCGGAACGAGAGGCGCGACUGGAUCGACAUGGAGGAUCUGAGGAACGUGCUCCUCAGCGAGUGCCUCGUUUCCAGCGAUGACAGCUAGAGUGAUGACUGCCCGACUUCCGGUUCCGGUUUCGCUUUCGCUUUCCGGGCGCUUCUGGUUCCUGUUGACGCCACACCGAAACUUUUUCCAAAUGUAUUGUGAUCAAUAACGAGUUUAGAGCCAGUUAUUUAUAGCCCUUCACUGCCAUAUAAGUUUAGGAUUACUAAUAGCAUUAGACUUGAAUAUUUGUAUAUUUAACUACAAUGUUUUCUUUGCCAGUGACUGCAUUUUGUAUUUCGCAAUCUGAUUCAUAAUUUAUUUCGCCUAUUUAUAGAGUUUAUUAUUAUUUUGUCCAUUAUUUAUUUUAUGUUUUAAAAGAGGCUUUGAGUUUGUAUUUCAUUUUGCAUACAACUUACUAAAAAUUUUGUGUUCUACGAAUCUCCUGUUUUGUACAGUGCGCAACGAAAAUUCACUUAAGUAGCCAUAAUCUCCAUUAUUUUCAUUUGUACAUAGAAAUGCCAUUUAGUUUGUAUUCAUCAUAGCACAUACAUACAUGUAUUAUUCUUAUCUUAAUAAACGAAAUAAAACCCUA